UUUGGUGUGGUCCAGCGCAAUUUCGUGGGGCCGCGAGGGCUUUGUGCGGUCAGGUGACUUAGCCCACGUGAUUGCGCGGCAGUCUCGCGCGACCCGUGCCGCUGCCACCGUGACGGUCGGCCGAGCUGAGCCCCACCAAGUGGAUAGCUUGAAGUGCAGGACCAACCCAUUCCUCGAUGUUCAAGGGCAGCUCCAGUUGAGACGUCAAUGACGGUCGCAACCCCGGCCAGAACAGCCGACGCCCUGCUGAUGACAGACCGACCGACACGAUAACUCGACUGCUGCGCUACACGAGUCCGAGAUGCGCUCUGCGCACUCGGCUGACGACGAUCAGCGCAAUGACCUCUCCCGAUGUAUUUCUCUCGUCACCACUUCGGGCGCCAUCGCGACGUGAACCUUCCUCCCCAGACGACCUACCAUCGUUGCGCGAACUCGUAUCUCAAGCUUCAUCCCGACCUCCCAUCAAAAGUGGCAGUAAGGCUACCCCGAUCCCUGAGGGAGUCGUGACAUCUUUCACGAGUGCGCGGGACCAUUGGGAGGCCGCACUUGCCGCAGGGAGGAAUGAGGACCCAGAUGCGUCGGUGAUUGAGAUAGAACCACCACCGCCACCACCACCUGGGCCUUCAGAAAAAAAGCCACGCAAACCACGCGCGAAGGCUGCAGUAAGACCAAAGAAGGCCACCACCACCACCGCAGCCGCUGCGAAAGGGAAGAAAGUAGGCCCAGAAUCUGUAGCAAAGGCUAGGCCGUCCGUGUCAACUGGGUCGCCAUCUCGAGAAGAGCCGUGGAGGAAAUAUGUCGCCAGCCCUCCAGCAAAACACACCGGCCGUGACGGAGCAAAGGAUGAGGCCGGUGAUGCUGCUGCGGCGGGCACUUCGCUGGUUGCCCCAGAGGAUGUCCUCGCGCAUGACCCAAUAGUUGACAACUUGGUGGCCGCCAAGACAGCAACGGCAAAAUCCCGCGCAAAGAGGUCGAGGAAACAAACGGGCACUAUGAGCGGCCAUUUUCAGAGCAAGGAGACGUCUCCGGCGGACCCCCCGAAAGUCGAGGCCGAGGCGGAGCACUUUCCGUCUAUAGAACGUGCAGCAGAACGCAGACUUGACUGGACACCGCCAAAGCCUCAGGCGGAUAUUGUCGAGGGGCCGUCGGACGUCUCGUUGGUUCAGGAGGUCAGCUCUUCGGCCGCUGGAAUUAAUCGAGCUGACUUCAACACCAUGGUGCGGAACUAUGGCUGCGACGAAGAGAUGGACAGGGAUGCCAUCACCGUGUCCGAAGAGCACUCGAGCUUCAUGAAAAAGCGGAAGCUAGUUGAACUGGUGCAAAUGAAGAACAACAGUCGACAGGAGAAAUCACCUACCAGGGAGAAGUCGCCGGCGAAGCAGAGUGCGCCGAAGAAAAAGGCACGCACGAUAACCGAUCUGGCCACCGCAGCCUACAGACAGCCUGACCCGGCUGCACAAGAACCACCCUCUGCAACGAUAAUGGAUCUCUUUGACAGCCCCGACGGCACGGUAAAGCGCGGGGCAGCGAGCGACGCCAAGGGCAACGGCAAACAACGAAAGAAGCCCGCCAAGGCACCAAAGAAGAAGGCUGAGCUACCGAGGCGUCUUCUGCUAUCGCCAGAGACGGCGUUAAAAGAGGUGUCCAAGCAAGAUUUUCUAUUCGGUACAUCGAGCCAGUUGGCGAGAGAGCAGUCGCCUUCGACGUUAAGAGACAUUCAACAAGCGAUCAAAAACUCGACCCAACUUGAGCUUGACAACAUGAGCGAUCCGUUCAAGAGUGAUCCUAUAGAAUCUCUUGAGCGACCCAAACUUUGGCGCUCCGGUCACCGCGACGCUGACGGCCAGCUCUUCCACUCGCUGCUCGUUGAUAUGGCCGACGACAGCACCUUGGCAUUGCGCGAACCGGCAGACGAUGAUGAUCCGUUUGGUUAUGUCCAAGCAGACAACCCGGUCGAGAGGCGACAACCAUCGGACAGCGCUGUGGAUGAAGGUGCUGACGUUGCGAUAACGACAGAGCGUACAGAUGACAUGACACAGAAGCAGCCCGUGGAAAUCAUCAGCGACGAUUCAUCGUUCUCAAGUAGCCAACUAUCGAUCAGCUCUGACAUGCAAAGACGCAAGGAGGAGACGGCCACCACUACACAAUUGUCCUCGAUUGAGCCAUCUCUACCGCAACUGCAUCCGUCCACCGAGCAAUGCCUGUCAGUCCCGCAGCAGGUUCGCCCACGAUUCGAGCGAUACUCGGACGUCCGGCUGGCACAGACUGUCAAGAGCUAUGGCUUCAAAACACUGGAUAAGAGACCAGACAUGAUUGCCUUGCUGGAUCAGUGCUGGAAGAGCCAGGCAUCCGCUACUCCGUCGGGCUCACACUGCUUCUCGACUUCCAGACAAGUCGGCGAGCCACUCGCGUCGAGGGGCGCAUCACAAGGUGCCACCAGCCCUGCCAAGCCUCGAGGGAGGCCGAGGAAAAUAAGCGUCAGCGCAAGCGAGUCCCAGGACCCUCCACCGUCGGCGCAAGCCGUCGAGUCGCCCAAAAGGCCGCGAGGACGCCCAAGGAAAGAUGCAUCAAGUCCUGCCAAGGCAGCAUUGUCAAAACCACGAAAGAGCCCGCAAAGGGUAGUCAGGGCACCUCACACAGCGGGGAAGGCUACCUCGCCUGCACAGAAGAAGCAGCCUGCGAAACAGAUCGUUGAGAUUCCAGAUUCCGAGUCGGACGGCGAGGAGAACCUGACUUCGUCGUCACCUUCACAGUCAUCUUCGCCAUCGCCAUCACCGGUGCAAGCUGAUUCCCCGCCACGCGACAUUGACGUGUCCGCCUCCACAGUCGACGGCGAGGGAGACGUUAGCUUGGCUAUUGCCCCCGAUGACAGCGAAGAGGCACUCUUUGGAAGCAUCGCCAGAGCUGUGACGUCCGCCCCUCGGUCCACCGAUCCAGAUUUCCCAUCGUGGUACGAGAAGAUACUCCUCUACGAUCCCAUUAUUAUAGAGGAGUUGACCUUGUGGCUCAAUACCGGACAGUUGGGCAAGAUAGGGCACGACGGUGAGGUCAGCCCCGCAGAGGUCAAGAAAUGGUGCGAGUCAAGGAGUAUAUGUUGCCUCUGGAAGGUCAACCUGCGCGGCAAGGAGAGGAAGAGGUUAUGAGGCGUGAGCAGGCACCUCGAUUUUGGGAUACCACACAAUGUUUUUCUGUAGCAACAGAUUACGACUUAUGACCACUACACUAUCAUCAUCAUAAUUCAUUCUCCAAUCGUCACAUUUCUCGUCAAAGAUUGGGUUGAGAGAAUGUGUUUUAACCA